AUGGAAAGCAAAAGGAGUUCUUCUCAGAAAACAAGAUCCACAAGCUAUGGCUCAUCGGGAACCGAGUACGAGGUGUUUUUGAAUUUUCGAGGUCUGGAUACGCACAAUACCUUCACAAAUUGCCUCUAUCAUACCCUGCUGAAUAAGGGUAUCAGUGUUUUCAUAGACAAUCAAGGGAUUGACGUUGGGGAGGAGAUCGGUCCCGAGAUUUUUCAGGCCAUCGAUGAUUCGAAAAUCUGCAUUCCCAUUUUCUCCAGAGAUUAUGCCUCUAGUAGUCGGUGCUUGUGCGAGCUGGAACGCAUGAUGCAACAUAGGAAAACCAAUGAACUGGAGGUUUUGCCCAUUUUAUAUUACGUGGAACCCUCUGAUGUGAAGCUUGAAACUGGAGUGUAUAAGGAUGCACUAACUCUGCAUAAAAAGGAACGUGGGGCUGAGAUUGUGCAACGCUGGGAGGAGGCGCUCAAGGAAGUUACUAAAAUCAAGGGAUGGGAUGCCAAGAACAUAGGCCACGGAGAACUCGCACAUUUGAUUGCAUGGAAAGUGUUGGUCAAGCUUAAGGUGUCUUGUGUGCAUAUAUCCGAUCAUUUAGUUGGAAUGGAUGAAUCAAUGGAUGAAGUAGUAAAUUUGCUGAAUGUUGAAUCUAAGGACAUAAGGCUCAUCGGUAUUUGGGGAAUGGGUGGAAUAGGCAAGACAACUCUUGCCAAACUUGUCUGA